AUGCAGACCAAGACUCUCCUCCUCGCCCUCUUUGCCGCCGCCACCGUGUCGGCUGGCACCAUCGGCGCUCGCCAGAACCAGAACCAGAACGGCAAGAACAACAACAACAACCAGAACGGCGGCAAGAACAACAACAACAACCAGGGCGCCGCCGCCGGUGCCGGUGCCGGUGCGGGCGCCAACGCCGCCGCCGACUUUGGCCAGUGCAACCCGACCAUGGACUUCCAGCUCGGGCGCGCGGGGCGCAAGGCGGACGAGGGCACCUUCCUGCCCGUCGACCCGCUCGUCGCCAAGGGCCAGCAGGACGCGCUCAACCCCAACAUCAUCACCAACCGCAUCUGCGACCAGCUGACCAACGUCUGCGACGCCAACGACGCGGCCAAGGCGCUGUGCAAGCAGGCGCAGGCCACGGUCCAGGGGCUCGGCACCAAGGACGCCACGACGGCCGACGCCUUCAACUCUGCUCUGGGGUUCUAA